AUGACUGUUACUCUACAUCUAAGAGGUGAAACUAAACCACUAGAAGCUCGUGCCGCUUUAACUCCAACUAUAGUUAAGGCAUUAAUCGCCAAAGGUUUCAAGAUAUAUGUCGAAGAGUCCCCACAGUCUAUCUUUGAUAUAGAUGAAUAUAGACAGGCAGGUGCCACCAUCGUUCCAUUCGGUUCUUGGAUAUCUGCUCCUCGUGAUAGAAUCAUCAUUGGUUUGAAAGAAAUGCCUGAAGAAGAUAAAUUUCCACUAGUACAUGAACAUAUCCAAUUUGCCCACUGUUACAAAGACCAAGCCGGUUGGCAGGACGUCUUAAGAAGAUUCAUCAAUGGAAAUGGGACCCUUUACGACUUAGAGUUUUUAGAAAAUGACCAAGGUAGAAGAGUCGCUGCCUUUGGUUUCUAUGCAGGUUUCGCUGGGGCUGCUCUUGGGUUACGUGAUUGGGCCUUUAAGCAAACCCAUAGUGAUAAUGAAGACUUGGGCGGUGUCACACCAUAUCCAAAUGAAAAAGCCUUAAUUAAAGACGUUAAAGUAGAUCUACAGAAAGCCUAUAAAGUUGGUGCCAAGCCUCCAACUGUCCUUAUAAUUGGUGCUAAGGGAAGAUGUGGUUCUGGUGCUAUCGAUCUAUUGCAUAAAGCAGGAAUCCCAGAUAAAAAUAUCUUGAAAUGGGAUAUCAAAGAAACGGCCCGUGGAGGUCCCUUCAAAGAAAUCGCUCAAGCUGAUAUCUUCAUUAAUUGUAUAUAUCUAUCUAAACCUAUUCCACCUUUCAUUAACUUUGAUCUGUUGAACAGAAGUGAUAGACGUUUAAGAACAGUGGUUGACGUCUCUGCUGAUACUACUAACCCACAUAACCCAAUCCCAAUAUAUGACAUCGCCACCGUAUUCAACAAACCAACUGUGCGUGUACCUACUACUAUCGGGCCAAAAUUGUCAGUCAUCUCUAUUGAUCACUUACCAUCUUUAUUACCAAGAGAAGCAUCUGAGUUUUUUGCUCGUGAUUUGUUACCUUCCUUGGAACAAUUGCCUAAUAGACAUAUUGCACCUGUUUGGGUUAAAGCUGAAAGAUUAUUUGAAAGACAUUGUGCACGUGUUUCAAGAUCUUCAAAAUUAUAA